AUGAAAAUGAUGAUGGGUAACAUGAAGGCCACCAGCCCCGGGCACCUGCCCCCAGCUGCGGAGAAGCACACAGGGCUUCCAAAUGCAACAGAAAAGAUCGUGGAAAAGAAAGAGGUCAGGAAAGCAGUACACUUAACGGGCAAAUCUGGUCAGAAAGGCCUUCCUCUGGAAUGGGAGGCCAUCUAUGGACAUGCCUUCACUUCCAGCAUUCAGUAUAAACAAGGAAGCCUGAUGAUUAAUGAAACUGGUCUGUACUUUGUGUACUCCAGUGUGUUCUUCCGAGGUGAGGUCUGCAACAACCAGCCUUUGGACCAUACUGUUUACAAACGAAACCCAGGUUAUCCAGGGAACCAGGUUUUAAUGGAGGACAGAAGGAUGAAUUACUGUGCGACUCAGAAAAUGUGGGCCGGGAACAGCUACCUGGGGGCAUUGUUCAACCUCACCAGAAUGGACAGGUUGUAUGUCAAUGUCUCCAAAAUUGCUCUGGUUCAUUUUGAAGAAUCAAAGACAUUUUUUGGUGUAUUUAAACUUUAGGGAUUACUCAUUGGUAUGUGGCUUUCAGCAAAUACACACUAGGGACUUAAGCAUUCACAGGAGCUGCGCACUAGCACAGGGUCUUACUGCAGGAGGCCCCUCGGGAAACCACCAUCAGGCCUUUGAUACCGGACAGCUGAAUUGACUCGAAAAAGGAUUUAAACCUGAUUCUUGGAACUCACCCUGAAUUGUCCUAGGACAACCCUAACAGAGUAGCAGGAAGAACUCCAGCACCACAAAGGCCUCUUUUAAACUCACUACUUGCUCAAGAGGAGCACUUGCUACCUGAGAAAAUGCAGAUGCACUGGGCCAGAUUCUGUGAAAAUCCGAUUUGCACCAUGUGUACCUACUGAAGGAGCCUUUAGGCCCAUGGAGAGGCUUUGUGGAUGUUUCUAUUUGUGUGCAAGAAAGUAUGUUGGUCGUGGGUUUGUUUUUUCUGUUUUUUAGUGUGGGUGUACGUGAGUGGACAGGGUUUAUAUGUGUGUGUGUGUGUGUGUGUAUGUGUGUGUGGGAGGUAGAUGGAAGCGGUAUGAAGUCUGGGGUCUUUUUUAUAAUCUUCCUGGUUUGCUGAAGCCCCCUCUUACUCAUUUGUUCUCCAACUGAAUUUUUUUUUACUCAGUGCCCUAGCAGAACUCACUGACACUGGAGUUUUCUGCCCAGCACAGGCACAGCGAUUGUUGAUUAUGUAGUUAUGUUAUUCAUGGGCAUUUAGCACCUUUAACCCUUGCUCUUGCAUGUGCUGCAAGUAUUUGCAGGGUGUGUCUACACAAGCCGCCCAGUGCAGUUGUUACUGUGCUGUUAUUUAGUACUUGCAUAACCAGGUUCUAAAUGACCAUGAUGACUAUGCAGUGACUGGAGUUACUGCGCAGUAGCAUCCCAGCACUGUUGCCCAGUGAUGGCUACUACGCAGUAGCUCAUAACUACUGUGCAGGAGCGUUAUGUCAUGGUUCAUGCCUGGUGAUGCAUCUUGUGUAGAUAUGCCUGUGGGGGGUUUAACUGUAGAAGGAUUUUUAGAAAAAGAAAAAAGAAAAAAAUUCACCCCCCAAAAGUCUUUUUUCUCCUAUUUGACUUGGAGAACUUUGACUUAUUUCCCAGGAUCAGAUUCUGUUCUUGGGCUCUUAUAGGUAGUGUCUUACAGAGGAGGAUAUUAAUAAAUUACCCAGAACAUUUGGUAUAUUGAAAAGGGGAAGGAAAGAAGGGUGAACCUCCUCUCUGACUGCUUCUCUUCCAUACACAGCACUGCAUCAUGUACUUGGGCAUAUUCCAACAGUGAGAAAAUGCCUUGGGGUAAAUGAGGAGCAAAGUGUAUUGGCUUUUAAACCCAGAAGGUCCAUUUACUUGCUGUUGGUAACCCCUCAAGUCAGUAGAGAAGAAACUGGUGUGAAUUUGGCCCAUAAAAAUCUAUCACUAUUGAGGGUUUUGUGCAAGUCCCAGUUCCCCUUCAUCCUCCCACAGGAAAAACUGUGUUCCAGUUCUCCAGCUUCCUCCUGUUCCCUUCCCCCUCCCCAAAUCUACCUCAGCACCUUCCUUAGCUCUGGGGACUUUCUGGUCCUGAGCCACUUCAGAACUCAACCUUCACGGCAGGGAGCUAUGUCCCCUUCUGCACUUUCCUCUCCUUCCCAGUUAAAUCCUCCCAGUCCUCUACAGUGCCUCCAGGCUGCCCAUGCCAGUACUGCAAAGGCUGCAGACACCCAUUGGCUUCCUUGCACAGCCUGGUUACCUCUUGCUUCAUCUUCCCCACUUCUGUGUGUCAGCCACAUCCCACCCCCAGCUCUGUGACUCACUCAGGAAAAAACAGGGGUAUAUGACAUUUGACUCUCCUGGCACCCAGUAGUGCCCAGAGAGGGUGGAAAGUGAAAACCAGGCCUUGCCUAACAUGCUGCAAAGAAACAUGGUAACUUGAGCAGAAAAGUAACUAUUGAUGCAUUCCUUUUAAUAUAUAUUUUAUAUAUCUAUAAUGUUAUACUAUAAAUAAAUAAUAUUUUUAUAUGUG